AUGGCAUCUACAAAAGCAGUGAUCUUGGUCGGUGGACCGUCCAGAGGGACUAGAUUCAGGCCUCUGUCUCUGGAUAUGCCAAAGCCCCUAUUCGAAGUUGCGGGCCACCCCAUCUUAUUACACUGUCUGAAGGCUGUUGCCAAAGUUCCAGGCAUCCGCGAGGUUAUCCUUGUCGGAUACUACGACGAGACCGUAUUUCGAGACUUCAUAAAGUCCGCCAGCGUAGAGUUCCCCCAGUUCCGCAUCCAAUAUCUCCGGGAGUACCAGGCUCUCGGCACCGCAGGAGGCCUCUACCAUUUCCGAGAUGCUAUUCUCAAGGGUCGUCCGGAGCGUUUCUUUGUUCUCAAUGCAGAUGUCUGCUGCUCGUUCCCCUUGGGUGAGAUGCUCAAGCUCUUCGAGGAGAAGGACGCAGAGGCUGUCAUCCUCGGUACUCGUGUCAGUGACGACGCUGCUACCAACUUUGGCUGCAUUGUCUCAGAUACCCACACCAAGCGAGUCCUCCACUACGUCGAGAAGCCAGAGUCACACAUCUCCAACCUGAUAAAUUGCGGUGUCUACCUGUUUGCAACCGAGUGUAUCUUCCCUUCCAUCCGAAGUGCCAUCAAACGCCGUACUGCCCGUCCUCGUCUGCUUUCCUACCCAUCAUCCGAAAAUCUCGAAUCCUCGUACAUAGCUCAAGAUGAGUCUAGUGAAACCCCCGAGAUCCUACGUCUCGAACAGGACAUCCUCCCAGACCUCGCAGACAGCAACCGCUUCUUCGUCCAUGAGACCAAGGACUUUUGGCGCCAGAUCAAGACUGCGGGCUCCGCUGUGCCUGCCAAUGCUCUCUACCUCCAAAAGGCCUUCCAAUCUGGCUCUGAGGAACUUGCUGCCCCCUCAGCCUCGAUCGUCCCACCAGUUUACAUUCACCCCUCCGCCACUGUCGAUCCCACCGCCAAGCUGGGACCAAACGUCUCCAUUGGCGCACGGGCUGUUGUAGGUCCUGGCGUCCGCAUCAAGGAGUCCAUCGUUCUCGAAGAUGCUGAGAUCAAGCACGAUGCAUGCAUCUUGUACUCCAUCAUUGGAUGGAGCAGCCGCGUCGGAGCUUGGGCACGAGUCGAAGGCACGCCCACCCCGGUCGGAAGCCAUUCCACCACUAUCAUCAAGAAUGGGGUAAAGGUUCAAAACAUCACCAUUUUGGGUAAGGAAUGUGGUGUCGGUGAUGAAGUCCGUGUCCAGAACUGUGUUUGCUUGCCGUUCAAAGAGCUUAAGCGCGACGUCGCAAAUGAAGUUAUCAUGUAG